UCAGUAUGAUGUCAUUCCAUAUGGUCCAUCCUCCUGUCUCAAAAGUGCUGUAAUUUUCUUCUACCACCGGAAAUUUGACUCGGGAGAGGAAUGCAGGACCCGUAGCCAGUUAUAAUUGUGAUUCAAGACACAACUUCUAUUAGCAGCAACCCAGUCAGACCAUGGCUGGCUUCAGACAAGAGGAUGUGGAGGCGUUCUAUGAUAUGGGAGAGGAGCUAGGGAGUGGACAAUUCGCCAUCGUACGGAAGUGUAAAGACAAGAGUUCUGGCUCGGAGUACGCCGCCAAGUUAAUCAAGAAGCGUCGCCUGUCCUCCAGCCGCCGGGGCGUAAGCCGCGAGGAGAUCGAGAGGGAGGUGAACAUUCUGAGAGAGAUCCAGCACAGCAACAUCAUCACGCUACACGACAUCUUCGAGAACAAGACGGACGUCAUCCUCAUCCUGGAGCUAGUGUCUGGAGGGGAACUAUUUGACUUCCUGGCAGAGAAGGAGUCUCUAACAGAGGAGGAGGCCACACAGUUCCUCAAACAGAUCCUGGACGGAGUCUACUAUCUACACUCCAAACGCAUCGCUCAUUUUGACCUGAAGCCAGAGAACAUCAUGCUGCUUGAUAAGAACGUCUCCAACCCCAGAAUCAAACUCAUCGACUUUGGCAUCGCUCAUCAGAUCAAAGCUGGAAAUGAGUUUAAGAAUAUCUUUGGAACGCCAGAGUUUGUUGCUCCAGAGAUAGUCAACUAUGAACCACUCGGACUGGAGGCUGACAUGUGGAGUAUUGGAGUUAUCACAUACAUUCUGUUGAGUGGUGCCUCUCCGUUCCUGGGGGAGACCAAGCAGGAGACUCUGACCAACAUCUCUGCUGUCAACUAUGACUUUGACGAGGAGUACUUCAGCAAUACCAGUGAGCUGGCCAAGGACUUCAUCAGACGCCUGCUGGUCAAGGAUCCCAAGAAGAGGAUGACCAUCGAUGACAGCCUUCAGCAUCCCUGGAUCAAGGUGAUCAAGAGGCGGAACGUGCGCCAGGAGGAGAGCGGGAAGAAGCCGGAGCGCAGGCGCCUGAAGACCACGCGUCUAAAGGAGUACACUAUCAAGUCCCACUCCUCCAUGCCCCCAAACAACACCUAUGUCAACUUCGAACGCUUCUCCCAGGUGCUGGAGGAGAUCGCUGCUGCUGAGGAGGGGCUGAGAGACCUGGAACAAAACCAGAGGUCGUGCCGGGAGGACGUGGCUGCUCUCCUGUCUAUCUACGAGGAGAAGGAGGGCUGGUACAAGGAGGAGAACCAAAGCAUCGCCAGCGACCUGGGUCACAUCCGCCAGGAGCUGCAGCGUACCCAGGCCCAGCGCAGGCAGAGUCAGGAGGAUGCCCGCGCCACCAUGCUGGCUGCUAACGCCCUCAAGAGGAAGUUUGGCCGUCUGGAGAACCGUUACGAGGUCCUGGCAGAACAGGUGGCGUCGGAGGUGCUCUGGGUGGAGGAGCUGGUCAGGGGGAUAGAGAAGGAGAAGAACAGCCUCGUCAUGCCCUGAGUUUGGCCUGGCUUCUAGUUUCACUGACCUGGUCAUGCCCUGAGGCCAGCCUGGCUUCGAGUUUCACUGACCUGGUCAUGCCCUGAGGCCAGCCUGGCUUCUAGUAUCACUGACCUGGUCAUGCCCUGAGUCUAGCCUGGCUUCUAGUAUCACUGACCUGGUCAUGCCCUGAGUCCAGCCUGGCUUCUAGUAUCACUGACCUGGUCAUGCCCUGAGUCCAGCCUGGCUUCUAGUAUCACUGACCUGGUCAUGCCCUGAGUCCAGCCUGGCUUCUAGUAUCACUGACCUGGUCAUGCCCUGAGUCCAGCCUGGCUUCUAGUAUCACUGACCUGGUCAUGCCCUGAGUCCAGCCUGGCUUCUAGUAUCACUGACCUGGUCAUUCCCUGAGUCCAGCCUGGCUUCUAGUAUCACUGACCUGGUCAUGCCCUGAGUCCAGCCUGGCUUCUAAUAUCACUGACCUGGUCAUGCCCUGAGUCCAGCCUGGCUUCUAGUAUCACUGACCUGGUCAUGCCCUGAGUCUAGCCUGGCUUCUAGUAUCACUGACCUGGUCAUGCCCUGAGGCCAGCCUGGUUUGGUACAGACACCGGUCUUAUAUACCAGCUGUCAUUAGAUUCAGAACAAGGGCCCAGAGUUUUUCUGGUGAGGGAAAACUCUGUCCCCUGGUCAUAAGCCAGGCAUUUGAUGAGGAAAAAUGAUCCCCCUUCCCCAUCUUCCCUUUCUAAUGAAUAGCACCAACAAUGUAUAGAGUCCCUCCCUACUAUGAACACAUUUAAUCAACAAAAUAUGUGUUUAAUGAAUGUCCAUUCCAGUAUUUUCUAAAUUAAUUCAUAAUGUUGAAAAUGGUAAAGAUUGUGAUUCAUUUUUGCAGUAUAUUUGGUUAAGAUGAUGAUACAUACAUACAUACAUACAUACAUACAUACAUACAUACAUACAUACAUACAUACAUACAUACAUACAUACAUACAUACAUACAUACAUACAUACAUACAUACAUACAUACAUACAUACAUACAUACAUACAUACAUACAUACAUACAUACAUACAUACAUACAUACAUACAUACAUACAGGAAGGUUUUCUGCACCUGCAAUCAUUUUCCUAUAGUUUUUUAGCCCUAUACUUAAAGGGAUAUUUAUCAUUAACAGCUGACUAUGAUUGACCAAUAAGGCCCAAGGGGGUGUGGUAUACGGCCAGUAUACCGUGUCUAAGGGCUGUUCCUAUGCAUGAUACAUCAGUGCCUGGACACAGUCCUUAGCUGUGGUAUAUUGGCCAUAUACCACAAACCCCCAAGGUGCCUUAUUGCUAUUAUAAACUGGUUACCUACAUAAUUAGAGCAGUAAAAACAAAUGUUUUGUCAUACCCGUGGCAUACAGUGUGAUAUACCACGGCUGUCAGCCAAUCAGCAUUCAGGGCUUGAACCACCCAGGUUAGAAGUAACAACAACAUAGUAGAAACAAUAGAACAUGUGUUAUAGGGAGAUUCCAUUUUGAAGAUAAUCUUAUUGACACUCAACAACCGUCUUGCUGAACUGCGACGCUACAGACAGAUGCAGAUACUAUAUAUUUAUACUAUAUAAAUACUAAUAGUUCUCUUACGUGUGAAGAGAGUCGUCUUAAAAUGGAUUGUACAAACCUGUUUUGUAACUUGCACGCAGCCUGUACAUUGAACACCUUAUUGCCUAUACAUAAGCUAAAUCAAGUGUGUAGUAAUGUCUAAACCUUUUCAUGAAUAAUGGAAGUCUAGUGACUGUCCCUCAAACGUUUUAGGCCGGUUUCCCUGGACCCUGGACUAUAAAUAAUGGUCACUGGAGAACCUCCAUUUCGAAAAUAGCAUUUUAGUUCAGUAUUUAGCUUAAUCUGUGUCCGGGGAAAACCGUUCCUUUUCAAAUACAACUAUUGCACAGUAGCCUCAUACCAAAUGAUCUGCAUGUCUUAUCUGCUACUAUAUUUGAAUGAUUGUUUUAGUCAGCCUUCGGUCGCUAUGACCAUAACCCCACACUACAGACAUUCCAUGAGUUGGUCUUAAAUCUAUGCAUCACAUUCCAUGUUCCACAUAGAACUCUAUGUACUGUACAUUUCCCUAGUUUAAUAUACUAUUUUGCACUUAAAUAUAGCCGUGUUCCAAACUAUUUCCCAUCCAAUCAUUUUUUUUUUUUUUUUUUUAUGUACCCAAAACUUAUAAUGGUAUGUAUUGUUAAGUUUGAAUGAUGACCUAUUUAGAUGGGGUUUUGUUUCAAAUAAACAAACUCAUAACCUAAA